AGUAUUUUUAAUCCCUGCUAUUGACAAUUCUGGAAUUUAGAACAUACUGUAACACUAAUACUCAGGGAUCAUAGUUCCUAUUGGUCCAUGACUUGCGCUGAAUGCUGGUAUAGCGUGGGAAGUACUGAGCUAUUCUGCUGGUGUUGGGAAAAAAUUAUUGGUCGAUUCAGAUCAUAUCACAUCACGAACCAAUGGCGUCCAGAACCGUCCCCUCGUCGCAGAAUCAGCCUGUUAAGAGCGGUGGCUGUAAGUGGCUGGUGAUUGGCCUAUCAGGAGUAACUGGUGGAGGAAAGACCACUUUGGCCACUCAGCUGAUAGCUUCUCUCCCUACCACCACCGUGUAUCUGUGUCAAGAUGAAUACAUCCUCCCUGACCAUCACCAAGCACACCUCAAGGUGCCCGAGCCACUGCAGGGCCCUAACAAGAAUUCUCUAUGUAGCGUUGAUAUGACGAAAAUGAUAGCUGACAUCAAGCAUAUCCUAUUGACAGAUAGUGCAGACAUUAACUUGGUUGAUUUUAUUGGCCUAGAAGACAGAGGUAAAGUUAUUGGGCAAGGUUUAAACACACCUAGACCACCAUUCAGAGGACACAAACAAAGGUCGCAUUGGCCAUCAUUGUUGCUUUUGGACGGGUUCCUACUCUUCAACCACCCAGAGGUGCCUCUAAUGUGUGACCUCCUAUACUUUAUCACACUGACCAAGAGGCAGUGCUUGGAGAGGAGGAAGAUGAAAGUGUUCACCUCUUCCAGUUUGAGCACACAGCAGUACUUUGAAUUAUGUGCCUGGCCGCAGUACGAACGGCACUUUACCGACAUGUGUGAGUCGGUCAAGGGCAUUCACUUUAUUGACGGUGAAUCACCUCGUCAUGCCGUGUAUAAAAGGGUUUUCACUGACAUAAUGAAUAUGUUAGACAGGGAUGACUGUCAGAAACAAAUAUGAUGACCCACCAUUGUUUUUGCUGGAUUCGUGUUUUUCACGGAUUCAUUUUGCAUAAUAUGAAAUUAACCAAAAUAUUUGCUAAAUAUUGUAAUUUUAAAGAAAGAUCAAGUUAAAGCUAUGAUGUGAGGAAUGUUUCUGUGGGUCAUGUGGGAAUGAGACAAGAUUAUUGAUGUAUUUUUAACAUUCUUAACCAUCAGAGAUAAUGUGUAUACAAAAAAAGAAGUACAACUUAAAUAAUACAUACAAUUACUUAGGAUGAAAUAACACGUAUAUGCAUCACACUUCCUGUUGUCAAGUUCGUAUCAAGAGACUACAUACUCAAGACAGGAAUGAGUGUAGAAUAGUCGGUAAUAAUACUAGCUAGAACCGCAAGGCAGUGACGUCAUUUUAUGUAGCUCAGAAUUAGAAUGGUGCGGCAAUCGUACUUAUGUGACGUCACGUUGUCGUCUGCAUGUUUUCAAAAUCUUGGGCUACAGCCAAGAAUAGCCAUUUUAUAAUCAGUAAAAAUAUUGAUGACACCAUUAUAUUUCAGUUUCACUUUGUUGUCAUAGAUACUAAGAAAUUCGUAAUUUUGUUAAAGAAAAAAGUGGAUACUUUAUGGAUACUUUUUAGAAGAUUAUGGAUACGUUUUGAUUUUCACAUUGGCAACACUGUAGCCAAGACUUCUGGACACGCAGUUCAACAUGCUGGGUAGAUCGCAUCCCUGCGUUAUUUGCAAGAGGAGAAAGGAUACACGUCCACAUUUAAAUUUUCAUCGGUUUCUUGGGAGUUAGUGAAAAUGUACAAUUAUAUAUUGAAAUACAUUUCUAAUGAGAGGCAGCAGCUUCAUCAGUCACUCAGACUCACUUGAUACGAAUUUGACAAGUUUGACAGGAGUCGCAGAUGGCAAAAUGCCAUUGACAUUCUCAGAAUAUACGUGAAGAACUGUGAGGAAUUGCACAGAAAUUAUCGAGUGUGCUUUUUUCCUUCAUAAUACUGUAUAUACCUUCCAUAAGAAUCUUCAAUUCGGUUAACGAAAAAAAUUCAAUUAACGAAUUCCUCUCAACAUGUUUUCGCUUGCUCAC